AAACGAACUGAGACCAGCUCUGCAGAUAGGUCUGACAGUGGUUCCAGGUCCCCGACCAGGGUCCGUUUGUAUGUCAUCACACUGAAAAUUUGUUUAAGCAAACUCUGGCUUACUUUUAAGUGAACCAAAUGUGUCCAGUCUGAAUACCCCUCUGAGACUCAAACAGAGAGGAACUCAAAGAACAUAAAUUUCCUUUUACGCUGAUAUCAGAAGAGUUCCAGCACUUAUCCAAGUCUCUGGUUAAUGUUCACCUCACAUUCUGACAACGUCACCGCACAAAGGUCACCAAGAGGAGACGUCCAGCACUGACAGAGGAGAGACAGCACAGAGACACAGCAUGGCCACCAUCACAGAGCUCCAGAAGAUUGGUGUUGGUCUGAUGGGAUUCGGUGUGUUCUUCCUGCUCUUUGGGGUUCUCCUGUACUUUGACUCUGUCUUGCUGGCCUUUGGAAAUAUCUUGUUCCUUACUGGUUUGAGCUUCAUAAUUGGCAUCAGGAGGACAGCACAUUUCUUCUUCCAAAGACACAAGUUUCGAGGAACCCUUUUUUUUCUUGGUGGGGUGACUCUGGUGCUGUUUCGCUGGCCGGUGAUUGGCAUGCUGGUGGAGAGUUAUGGUUUUGUUCUUCUGUUCAGGUCUUUCUUUCCUGUGGCCAUAGGGUUUGUUCUUUCAAUCGUUAACUUACCUUUCCUCAGCGCGUUCCUCCCCAACAGUCAGUCCAUGGUUUGAACACAGCUACCAUACUGUGUGGAUGAAGGAGGCGCCGGCCGGCCAGCCAUUCGCACAAGCAGGGAACCAGAAACAGCUUUUUGCUGAAGGCAUAUCCCUGGUUUUGAAAGUAUAACACUCAAAGGCCAAAUCCGAAUUCUUCCCCUAUUCCUAUACGGCGUCUCCUUACCCCUCCAAUUGUAGGGGCAUUUGGAGGGGUAGGGUUGUCUGAUAUACUUUUUUUAAGGGCUAACUUUCACGGCGAAGGGAUGUCAAGCCCUCUGCCGUAAGGUAAGCACUUUUCUUUAAGUGAGUAUGCUCUGAUGCACAGGAAUUUACAUUUAAAUGUAAGUAAUGAUAUUUUGUUUUAUCAUGACCCUUUUAAAGUUAUUAAACCGAUGUUUUUGUGUAUUUCCAAGCGCUAGAGGUUCCGCGCGAACUUAGUUGCCCAACGACAGUUGAUGAUCCCAUCGAUUAUGGGUAACAUCCGAAUUAGAAUGAACAAUUUUUCCAUAAGUCUCCGUUUGAAGGGAUUAUGCAGGGGUAGGGAGAAGCUAUUUGGGGUGGGGGAAAAAUUCAGAUUUGUCCAAACUCUCCUCUUUGAGAACUGGAGAACCCAUGAUUGACCUCCCCUUCUCUGUGUCAUCUCAAAACACCACUGAGGAGUUUCAACAGAUUUCAACAGUUAAACAACAGUGUGAAACUCAAAGACUCAAUCUCCAGAAAAAACAUCAGACUAAAGAUUUUCUUACUUUCCAUGCAAAUUUACCCCAGGACAUUGAUUUUUCUGGUAAAUUUGAACUUCAAAAUAUUAUUUCUGUAUUCGAAGUGUGGUUCAUAAAUAUAUUUUUUUCAUUGUUGAGGCCAUGUUAUAAAACAAUGCAUUAUACAUGUAUAGGAAAAACGUUUUAACUGUGAAAUGUAUGUAUUAACUGUAAUAAAUUAUAAAAUUGGGCAGAA